GGCAGGACAACGCUCUCACUUGCUCGCCGGCACCCGCGAAGUGCAUUGCGUUGAUUAACACAGGAACUCCGAUACUUGUGCCUUGUUAUACAGUCCUGAUAUUCUGAGUGCGGUCAACUGUCGACCUGACCUUUUUACUUGCCUCAUUUCUGUGAUUCGGCAUGCCGCCGAUUAUGAUGAACGGCGGCGGGGAUGCGGCCAAUGGCUCGCCCGCACUCCCGCCGGGCUCUUGGAUCGUGGGGCUCAUCAACGCGAGGCACAAGUAUCUGACCGCGGAAACGUUCGGGUUCAAGAUCAACGCCAACGGGGUGUCCAUGAAGAAGAAGCAGUUCGGCAAUGUGACCUGUGAGAAUGAGGAAGUGGACGAGACGACGGGCCGCCUCGAGAUUUCCGUCGCCGACGACGGGAGCGGUCGAUGGGCGCUUCGCCACGCCGGACGCGGCUACUAUUUGGGCGCCCUCAACGACAAGGUCGUGUGCGAGGCCAAGGUGCCCGGGGACGCCGAAUUGUGGACUGUGCAUCUCGGCGCACGUCCGCAGGUGAAUGUUCGAUCCGUGGGCCGGAAGCGGUUUGCGCGGCUGUCUGAUACCGGGGACGAGAUCCAGGUGGACGCCAACGUGGCCUGGGGGCCGGACACGCUGUUCACACUCGAGUUCCGCGCCGACUCACUGGCCUACGCUGUCCAUGCCUGCAAUGACAAGUACUUGUCCAAGGAUGGGAAACUCGUGGCUUCGAUUGGGCCGGAAUGCCUGUUCUCCAUCGAGUUCCACGGGGGAAGCCUGGCUCUGCGGGACCGUGACGGGCUGUACCUGGGUCCCAUCGGGUCCCGGGCCGCGUUGCGAACCCGGUCUUCGGCCGUGACCAAGGACGAGCUGUUCCAGCUGCAUGACUCUCUGCCGCAGGCCUCGUUCUGCGCUGCUCUCAACGCCAGAUUCGUCUCCGUCAAGCAAGGAAAAGUCUCUUUGUUUGACCAUUGUUCCUUGUGA